AAUGGCAGCCUCCUGGUGUCACAUGCGAUUCUUCUAUCGAAGAUACGGCUUGAAGAAAUACAAGGGACAUCGGAUUUCAGCUUCCAAAUGUUAUACGAUACAAGUCUAUUCAACGACUGCUGGUACGAGAUACUCGGAGAAAACAUCAUCCAGGGUGUCUUCACCCCUAGCAGCUAAGAAAGAUGUUUCUGGGCCCCUCCCAUCCACCUACAACCCUGAACAUGUGGAAUCUGGAUGGUACGAAUGGUGGGCACAACAGGAAUUCUUCACCCCAAAAACACAGCAGCAGCAGCAUCGCUUACAGGGACCGGUUGGAGGAAAGCAGCCCCCAUUUGUGAUGGUCCUCCCGCCCCCCAACGUGACUGGUACACUCCACCUGGGACACGCCCUGACAUGCUCUAUUCAGGAUGCUAUCAUCAGAUGGAAUCGGAUGCGAGGUCGUGAGACACUGUGGGUACCGGGCUGCGACCAUGCUGGGAUUGCAACACAGGUAGUCGUGGAGAGAAAGCUGCAUCAAGAACGUCACCAAUCUCGCCAUGACCUUGGUCGCGACAAAUUUGUGGAGGAAGUUUGGAAAUGGAAGAAUGAAAAAGAGGAGAUAAUCUAUGACCAGAUGAAACGACUUGGUUCCUCCCUGGAUUGGAGCAGAGCUUCCUUCACCAUGGACAAUAAAUUAUCUGAUGCUGUGGUUGAAGCUUUUGUACGAUUACACGAAGAGGGACUCAUAUACAGGAGAAAUCGUCUGGUCAACUGGUCAUGUGCCUUACGCUCUGCCAUUUCUGAUAUAGAGGUGGAUGGCAUUCCUGUGUCUGGAAGAACCCUGUUAACCGUCCCUGGAUAUGACAGGAAGAUUCCCUUCGGAGUGCUUACAUCAUUUGCUUACCCAGUUAGUGAGAAAGAUGGUGAGAUUGUAGUAUCGACAACACGGCUGGAGACGAUGUUGGGAGAUGUUGCUGUGGCUGUCCACCCCGACGACGGCCGGUACCGUCACCUGCAUGGCUGUCAUGUCAGACACCCUGUAACACAACAUCUCCUGCCCAUUGUACUGGAUGACUUUGUAGAUAUGGAGUUUGGAACAGGUGCUGUGAAGAUAACUCCAGGGCACGACCACACAGACUUCCUGGUCGGAGAGAGGCAUGACCUGCAGAAACCGACCGUCAUCAGCGAUGACGGACACAUGGUGAAUGUCACAGCACCAUUCAAUGGCAUGAGGAGGUUUGUUGCUCGACAUCAUCUCACCAAGUUCCUCAAGGAGAAGAAACUGUUCCGUGGAGAGGAAGAACACAACAUGACUGUGCCUGUCUGUAGUCGGUCCAAGGACAUCGUUGAGCCCAGGCUGAAGGAACAGUGGUAUGUUGACUGUCAACAGAUGGCCAUGAUGGCUGCAGAGGUUGUAGAGAGUGGCGAGCUGAAGCUGAUCCCCAGGAGCCACGAGAAGGUCUGGCUGGACUGGCUACAUGGCAUCAGGGAUUGGUGUGUAUCGAGGCAGCUGUGGUGGGGACACCGGAUUCCUGCCUACCAGGUGAUGCACCAGGGUGAGACUAUCUGGGUGAGUGGACGGACAGAAGAUGAGGCCAGAAGGAAAGCUGCAGAGAUGCUGCCUGUCACAGAAGGGGAGAUAACUCUGCAGCAAGAUGAGGAUGUCCUCGACACCUGGUUUUCCUCAGCAAUCUUCCCCUUCUCCGUACACGGCUGGCCGCAAGAGAAUGCUGACCUUACUCAUUUCUAUCCCACAAGUCUGUUGGAAACAGGAAGUGACAUUCUAUUUUUCUGGGUUGCACGGAUGGUCAUGAUGGGACUCAAACUCACAAAUCAGCUCCCGUUCCAAGAGGUUCUCCUUCAUGGAAUCCUGCGAGACUCCCACGGUCGAAAGAUGAGCAAGUCCCUUGGCAAUGUGAUAGACCCGAUGGACGUUAUACAUGGAACCACUUUACAGGAUCUACAAGAACAGUUGAAGAAAAGUAACCUUGACCCCUCAGAGGUCAAGAGGGCAUCUGAAGGUCAGCAGAAGGAUUUCCCUCAGGGCAUCCCCCAGUGUGGUACCGAUGCUCUCCGGUUCACAUUGUGCUCAUAUGACUUCAAAUCUGGUGAAAUCAACAUGGACAUCACUCAUGCCCGAAACUACCGACAUUUCUGUAACAAAGUAUGGCAGGCGUUCCGUUUUGUGCAGACCAACUUGGAUGAGGGCUUUCAUCCAGGGGCUGGCUUGGAGUUCAAGGGAACCUAUUCUGGUACUGACCUGUGGAUACUCAGUCGACUAAGUCACAUGAUCAAGUCAUGUGAUGUAAACUUUGCCACUUAUGACCUGCAUCAUGUGACCAGGGCACUUCACCAGUUCUGGUUGACUGAAUUUAGCGAUGUAUAUUUGGAGUGUGUGAAGCCAGUGUUCCCGGUCUGGGGCCCAGUCUGAGCAGGACAAUGU